CCAGCCUCUAUUAGAGAAGCUACCAAAGUUGUGGCGGCAGGUCUAAGAGAAUGGUACACUGGUGACCGGCCGGGCGAUGUACCCGGAAACUUGCCAGAUCCCUACUACUGGUGGCUAUGCGGAGCCAUGUUUAAUUCCUUCAUCGACUACUGGUACUAUACCGGCGAUGACACAUAUAAUGCUAUUACACGGCAAGCAAUGGUGCAUCAGAUUGGAAACCCGAAAGCCUUCAUGCCGGACAACCAAACCAGUACACUGGGAAAUGACGAUCAAGCUUUCUGGGGGAUGACUGCCAUGUCCGCAGCGGAGACUAAGCUUCCGGACGUCGAGGGAGAGAUGUCGUGGUUGUCACUCGCCAUCGCAGUAUUCAACACGCAGGCACCGCGUUGGAAUACCCAGACCUGUGGUGGUGGACUCAACUGGCAAAUUUUCCGAUUCAACAAUGGAUUCGACUACAAAAACACUAUCUCAAAUGGAGCGUUUUUUAACAUUGCAGCAAGAUUAGCAAAGUACACAGGCAACGCGACAUAUGUCGAGUGGGCGGAGCGAGCAUGGGACUGGCAAUACUCUGUCGGUCUCAUUAGCCCGGAUUACCACUUCUUCGACGGAACCAGCGAGAGGCAGAACUGCACAGAAAAGAACCAUAUCCAAUGGACCUACAACGCUGGAAUCCACAUGUCUGGCGUUGCAGCGUUGUGGAACAUGUCAGAAACGAACGCGGGCAGGUGGCGAGAGCGCCUGGGUGGCAUCAUUAAUGGAACAGACAUCUUCUUCAACGCCGAAGGCGCCCCAGGUGUCAUGAUCGAGAUGGCUUGCGAGCGCAACGGACUAUGCGACCACGACCAACGCUCAUUCAAGGCCUACCUCAGCCGAUGGAUGGGCUACACGAUGCUGAGCGCUCCCUGGACCCGCGACAGGAUCAUGCCAAAACUCCGCACCUCCGCCGCAGCCGCCGCUCAACAAUGCAGUGCCGGAAAAGGUGGAUGCGGCCUCAGGUGGUGGCGAGGCGGUGUGAAUGAUGGAGAAGUGGGCGUUGGAGAGCAAAUGUCUGCAUUGGAAGUCAUGCAGAACUUGCUUGUUGAUCAAGUCUCUGGGCCCGUGGGACUCGAUACUGGUGGAAUCAGUGAGAAUGACCCUACCGCGGGUAGUGACGGGGGAAAUGUGCGGAUUGAGCAUGACGCCAUCACGACGGGGGAUAAAGCUGGUGCGGCAAUUCUUACUAUAGUAGUAUUUGCUGUGUUUUUGGGUGGAGGUGGUUGGCUUAUUAUGAGCGAGUAG